AUGACAUUAAACGCACCUGCGCCUGACUAAGUCAGACAGUGAAUCACACGCUUUAAAUAUUUUUUGACAUUUCACUUGACGACUCAUUUUUCAAAGCUUUUAUUGUGAUUUGUUGUUUGUUGUUGAUGCGAUUAUCUGCUGAAUUGUUGCGUUUUCUCCAGAAAUAUUAUAUGAUUUCUAGCGAGAGAUGUUAAAGAAAGUUUUGUUGUCUACAGACGUGACUUUAGCGUGUGUCCAACAUGCCUUAUCAACAGAGAAAGAAGAAAUUAUGGGAUUACUCAUUGGUGAAGUACACAACAAUGGUAGCGUGGUAUCUAUAGUAUCUUCAGUAAUACUGCGGCGUUUGGACAAAAAGCCAGACCGUGUAGAGAUAUCUGAAGAACAAUUAGUGCAGGCGACAUUGAAGGCCGAGGAACUGGCUGCAGAAUUAGGCAGACCUCUCAGAGUUGUGGGGUGGUAUCACUCACAUCCACACAUUACGGUUUGGCCAUCACAUGUGGAUCUUGCUACACAGUUUAUGUAUCAACGGAUGGAUCCUAGCUUUGUAGGCAUCAUAUUUGCUGUGUUUCUCACAGAGCAAAGUACAAAAGCCCCAUCAGUCCAAAUUACUUGUUUCCAAUCGAUCAAUGAAGGUUCUAGUCAAACCAGGAAAGAAAUCGAAAUGGAGAUUAUUAAUAACAAUGAUUCAUUGAUGGCAAACAACUUUGAGAUUUUAACACAACUACCAGUGAUAUUGAAGGAGGAAGAAGAUGAAGCAUACAACAACGAAGUUGGUCUCACGGAAUCGGAAGAUAUUAUAAAUAAACAACACAAUGAUGCUGUUCGAACUAUUGCUAUUGGCCAUAUUGUUGAAAAGAUGUCCAGGCCGAUGUUGGAGGCGCUAGUAGCUCGCAAUGCUCUCAACGGCGUGCGCUUACGAGCGCUCAAGAAACGACACCAGGAACUCAUGGCCAAAAUGGAGAACAUGUCUUGCAAUGUUUAGGUUUUUUUAUGUAAUAAA